AUGGAUCAAAAAGAUGAUUCAUUAUCAAAGCUAACUGUUGCACAGUUAAAACUAAUCAUUGAAAGAUCAAUGGGAAAAGAAACAAAAAUACCAAAAGCAAAAGGAUUAAUCAUUAAAUUCAUUCGUGAGAAUAUAAAAAGUUUGGAUCUAUUAGAUAAUAAUAAUAAUGAUAAUAGUGAGAAUGACGUUAGCAGUAAAAAGUCAACAACCACCACCACCACUUCAAAAAGAAAAUCAAAAUUCACAAAAGUAACAGAAGCAGAAGUGGAGGAGGGACAAGAUGAAGUUGUUAUCGCUGUGGAAUCAACAAUGAUACCGUUGGAAGUUGAGCAACAACCACAAAAAGUGGAGGAAGCAGAAGAAUCAGAAGAAUCAGAGGAUGAUGAAGAGCUAACUUAUGAAUCUCUAUCGUCACUCACCAUUCCAAAGUUGAAAAGUCAAUACUUGUCCGAUGUAGAGUCAAAAUUAAUUCCAAAGAAGAAGGACCAGAUCAUACAAUUCAUUUUGGAUAGAUAUCAACAGUCAAAGAACAACGACGAAGAAUCGGAAUCGUCAGACAACCCAGAGGAAUCAGUGGAUGAUGCCGAUCUCAGUGUUACAGAGCAGCAGCAACAACAACCAAACACAUCAAUGCGAAGCAACAAGAGUGUAGAUUUGUCCAUGGUCGACGCUACUAAAACCGAACUAAGUGUUGUCAUUGAAGAUAUAAGUGAUAUAGAAGAUGUCAACGAUGAUCAAGAUGAAGAAGAGGAUGAAGCUGAAGAUGAAGAUGAAGAUGAAGAUGAAGAUGAAGAUGAAGAUGAAGAUGAAGAUGAAGAUGAAGAUGAAGAUGAAGAUGAAGUAGAAUAUAUUAUGGCAGAGAUCCAACCAUUGGAGAAAGUUGGUGGAUCAAAUGGAGAUGACACCGAUUCCAAUAUCGGAGAAUAUGAUCUAUCAAUUCAACAAUUGAUUUUCAAGCAUAUAUUGUCAGAGAGCUACGUCGCUUCGAAUGGAAUGAUCAGUCUAUCGGGAUAUAUGCUCAACAUUGCGUUGGUGUGUCGCCGUUGGUUUGAUCAUGUAGCUUCCACCGUCAAUUUCAUCGAUACCAAGCGAUUCCCUCAACAUUCGUACCAAAAGAUUGUCCAGUUGCUCAACGGUAACACCAAUCAAUACUCGAUAGUGCGCUCGCUCAAAGGUGUUCAUUUCGACCACACUCUCAUUGACGAGGUAGACCAGUUUAUGACUGACGAUGAGUCGUUCCAAUCCAACGAAGAUACCACAAUGGAUGUAAGCACAAACUACACCGGUGACUUCAGUACGGACGUCGGAGAACUCAGUGCAAACAUGUCAGUCGUUUCCAUCGAUAGCAACUUCCAAGAGGAUAGCGAUGAAGACAACGAAGAUGUCCAAGAGGGAAUACAAAAAGAGAAUGAAUAUAAUAAAUUGAAUGGAUUCAAGUUCUGGGAACACUAUAGAAUUGUGACGAAUGUUGCCUGUCCACUGUCCUUGGUCAAGCUCACCUAUCCAAACACCGACCUGAUGUACUCAUUGCUUACCUCUAUGAAAUACUCACAGCUUCGGCACGUUAUUUUGUUGCUCGACGAGGUGAAUAUGGAUCUGAGCUGGGCACUCAUGUCCAACCGAGAUAUCGAGACGUUUGACAUCACCAUCGACAUUCCAAACAGCGCCACCUACGACAAGAUGAUCAACAAUACGCUUGCCGCCCUCUGCGCCCAGGAUAAAAUGACAAUGCUAAAGUUCAAGGCAAACUCUUGUGUUGCCGAGUUUCGAUUCCUCAGCUCGCUACUCAAGAGCAGAACACUCACCAAACUCAACUAUCAGGCCGGUCCAGGCGCCGAUAUUGAGGAGUACAAUACAAAGAUCGAUCGUUGCUUUGCGCAUAUGGCACACAACAGCAACAUCACACAUCUCUCACUGGGCAAGAUUGGAACCGGUAGCAAAGAGCUGGACGCCGCUAUAACCCGGGCGAUCGCCAAGAGUUUCCUCAGCAAUAAAACGAUCACUCAUUUCUCAGUGACCAGUGUCUACUUGAGCAAAUUGCUCCUCGACGUACUCUCAAAGUCCGCUCAGCAACUGGUGAAAUUCAAACUGUUGGAUUGUGAGAAUCUGUCAAACAAGCUAGCAGAGUCGCUCGCCAGCUAUAUUGCUGGCAAUCCAAGCAUUAGACAUCUCGUACUACCGAGCAUUUCCGAUGCAUCACAACAACAUUUGUGCGCAGCACUCGAAAGUAACACCAACAUAAGAAUAUUGAAAGUUAAACAUUCAUCAACAUCCUCAUUGAAAUCAUUGAUUCAAUCAUUGUCAAAGAAUGACCAACUUCAACAUUUAGAACUACCUUUUAUAGAGAAGGGCGUGGUGGUACCUGAUUUCCUAAAACAAUAUUUCAAAUCUUCAAAAUCGCUCGUUUCUUUCAAUCGUUUAUAUCCAGACAACUUUUUGUAA